AUGCAAGUCUUGCUUAAGGGGCUCAUUGAAGAAAACCGCGCUCUGCAAAAGCAGUUGAACUCCAAAGGCUCCAGUGCUGCUGCAGACCCGCCAAAACCCAAGGUCGCCGACCCCGCCACGACCCGAGCUGCUGAGAACAGUGACCCAGACGGAGAUGAAGAACAUGAUGAUAAUGAUGACGAGCAUGAAGAUGAUGAGGAGGCUGAGGAAAGCGAUGAUGCAGAUGAUCAGCCGUCAUCGACGGUGACCCCGCCGCCCAAGCCCAGCAUCGAGAAGCCCACCCCGCCAGCCCCGGAGCAAGAGUACAAGAAUGCAAACUCAUCUUCCCACAGGGCCGAGUGGAUGUCUUUCUCGAGAAGAAUGGAGUCCCCAGACGCAGCCACCAAGUUUCCCGAAAUCAUGGGCCUUUGGGGUUCCAGCAGAGAGGACAAGCUCUCGGUGUUUCGGGAGUGGCUAGCCAAGGGCAAGAACUACCAGGAUACUGAGUGCCACAUGACAUUUCUUCGAGAGAAGAAACUCAAAGGAAAAAAAGAGUGGGAAUGCUUGACCAUCUUGGAGAUGGUCAAGCGAAAUUUCAGUACGCAGGGUGCCUAG